AUGACUGAAAUUAAGAAGAUUCAUUCCCGUUCACCUUCUCCUAUUAGAGAAAGUUUCGAAUCUAAAAAGAUUAAAGUAGAUUUACCUGUGACUGGAGAAGAAACUAAGUAUUUAUUGAUUAAACAACUCGAGUACUAUUUCUCAGAUGAAAACCUCAGAACAGACUCGUUCUUCCAAAAUACAAUGCGUUCAGACCCCAAAAAUCGUCUACUUGUAUCCUACCUUUUAAAUUGUUCGAAAAUCAAGAAUUUGGGCAUUACUAAAGAAGAAGAAAUAAUAGAUGUACUUAAGGGUCAUGAGAUGAUUUUUGUUGAAUUCAACGAGGAUGGAAAGGCAAUGAUUAAACUAAACAAAAACCUGCCCAAUCUGGAGCCAAAGAAAAAAACAAAAGAAAAGAGUUCUUCAAUAAAUGGUAAAGAUCUUCAUGCUGGAGGUUGUAUUUUAAAGAUAACAAACCUUCCGGAAACUGCCUCUUGGUCAACCGUUAAAGAUUCUUUAAAAGAGAAACUUAAAGAUUUACAGCCUGAAAGCCAGAAUUUAAUAAGAUACGUUUCUCAAACAACUCAGGAUGGUACAUGUUUUAUUUUACUUAAGCCAUUUAAAAAUGAUCAAUUAAUCAUUAAAAAUAUGGAAUUAACUCUUGGUGAAGAAAACGUUCCUAUUUCAUUGGCAAAUCAAGAUGAGGCAAGGAAAAUAAUAAAUUCAGUUUUUCCAAAACACAUACAAAAGGAAAGAGAAAAGGAACUCAAUAAACAGAAAAUGGCAUUUACAGCAAUGCCUAUAAUUGUAGGUGGUCAAACAUUUGCGUCAAUAGAACAUUUAAGGCGUUGUAUUAAAGAAGUUCUAGAGCAAUCCGAGGUUAAUACUACUUUUGAAAAAGACAGUUUAACAUACAAAGUUCUUAUUUCAAUUUUGGACUAUCAUCCAAGACGUGAGGAGAAAAUCAAAGGAAUUGAAUCAAUUUGUAUCAAGAACCACGAAAAUUCCUCUGGCAAAGAUGAUUUAUGUAAUAAGUGCUUCUACAUUAUCAGAAAAUCCCCAGAUGGUAUUGAAGAAUUUGAAGAUUUCAGUGUAAAUAAAUGCCUGCAACAAUUGUCUAGAAACCCUCCAUUAUCGUCAAAAUCAGAAGCAUUGGAUGAAACUGGCACUUCCAAAUGUUGUUAA